AUCAACCAGCUCGGUGCGCUGCUGAAGAGUCAGGGCGACCUGGACGGCGCGGAGGCGCUGUUCCGCGAGGCGCUGAAGGCGAGGCGAGAGACGCUCGGGGACCGGCACACGGACACGCUCAUCUCGAUCAACAACCUCGGCCAGCUGCUGCAGGACAAGGGCGACCUGGAUGGCGCGGAGGCGCUGCACCGCGAGGCGCUGGAGGCAAAGCGAGAGACGCUCGGCGACCGGCACCAGGACACGCUCCGCUCGAUCAAUAACCUCGGCAAUCUGCUGAUGAACAAGGGCGACCUGGACGGCGCGGAGGCGCUGCUACGCGAGGCGCUGGAGGCGAGGCGAGAGACGCUCGGCGUUUGGCACCCGAGCACGCUCGCCUCGAUCAACAAGACAACAACCUCGGCGCGCUUCUGA